AUGGACACAGAUGACAUUUAUGAGAACCUUCCGUGCCGUGAGGAAGCGCUAAGGAACGGAAACGGUGGCGCUGCCGGUAGCGUCCCGAACGGAGCUGCAGGAGGCGGUGAUGGUGGCGGGGGAAACAAACUGCAAAACAAUCUGGCACUCAACAGUAAGGACAUGCUGUACGCGACACCGUUGAAAAAAUCCGAUCGUCCUCUGAAGGUGCUCAACAACGGAACGACGGCACCGAUGGCGAUGACCACGAAUGGGAACGGCACUACAGGGCCGCCGGUCGUUGGCCGUCUUGUGGAUCGGACCGAGACAAACGAGCACGACGCGAAGAUCAUCAACGCCGAGCUGGAGGACCGGCGGAUACGGGACUUUCUGAAGGACACGACGCAGAUGCACAAAAAGAUUGAACUGCACAAAACCUCGUACCAGAGUUCCAACUUUUCCUACCUCGCGCGCAAGGAACACUUUGCCGACCUGGUGCAGCGCAACGUCAACAAUAACGGUGGCACCGUGGCGGAGGACCUGGGCGCUACUGGGGCGGCCGGGGGGCUCGUGGGCACCGGCUACAAAUCGCUGGCCGGCCAGAAGGAGGAGGAUAACAAUCUGGAUUUCGACGUGCAUGAAUCGCUGAAUGAACUGGAGGCCCGGUGCAACGAGAAGCUCGAGAUGCUAACGAAUCUUAACCGGGGUCGUUCGACCGAGCAACGGUCGCAGGAAGACAACGAGCAGCAACUGCAGCAGCAGCAGCAACAACAGCAACAGCUGUCCGAUGACGGUGGAGACGGUGUGCCGAAACCAUCGGCACCGCCGCUGUCGGCGUUGCAGACGGAACGAAAGAAGCGUGGUGCAAGCGGGAACCGGGAAGGAAAUGGUAGUGGCCUCGGGGGAGAUGGAUCGUUGGAUCAGCCGGUCAUCAGUGCGCACCUGAACCGGGAGUGGGUACUGAAGAAGAUCGCAAUGUGUUUGGAGCAAAGAAUUGCGAAAAAGCCCGUACCACCGGUUCCGGGCGGCGGUGCAACAGAUGGCGCCAGCGUCGCGACACCUUCAACGGGUGCGGCCGGUGGAUUUUUUGGCAGAGCAGCGCCGGAUGCACCAACCGUUGCCGCCGCAACCCAGGCACCUCCACCACCGCCACCGUCAGCGGGCGGUCUUCGGGGCGUGGAUGGUAGCCCACCGUCGCUGGGAUAUCUGGUGCUUGGUUCGAACGGCUCGGGGAAAACUUCGAUCUGCAACGACAUCAUUGAGGGUACGUCCGGCACAAAAGGGAUGCUGAAUCGUCGCCUGUUGGCGUGCUAUUUCGUCAACUCCCAGAGCCCGGAAUGCCACAGUCUCAGCAUGUUUAUCCGCAGUAUCAUUCUGCAGAUUUUAAGCCACUCCAGUUUUGUGCACAGCAGCGACCCGGGAGCCGGAGCCCAGCACGAAGUGACAAAUCUGUCCGCUGGUGACGGCUCGGCACUGGGAGACGAACCGGUGGCCGAAGUGGUCGAACCGGUCAACACCAGUAACGACUGCCUACCGGAGGCGGAUCAGCAGAGAAACGAACCGCCACAGCCGCCUGCCACCGAUGAACUGUCUGAAACGGUUGACCGCGAGCUGGAAGCUGCCAUUCGGACGGAGCUAAAAAUCAACGAACGGGUGGCCGAGUUUUGCGCCUCCGGGCGGAAGAAAGUGUCCCGCCAGCAGUCGGAACCGGUCGAAAGUUUUGGGCGCGAUCGGGAGCAUGCGAACUAUCCGUACAAAACGCACCCGCCGCCAGCAGGAAAGACACUCGGUGGCGGUACGAUCGAGGAGGAAAUGGCAGCCGAUGAGCAGAAGGACGAGGAUGGUGACGAUGGCAAGGCGGUCGAGAAAACGAUGAGUCCGGGACGGGGUGGUAAAGUGUCGAAGAUACCGAUAGCGAUAGGUAGCACGAUCCGCAGCCCUAAGAAGGUUUCACCGACAGGGAAAGGGCCGGAACCGAAAGAGUUUCCCGACAAGGAAAGCAGCGAAGGCGGUGGCGCGGAAGAGGACACGAUCCUUGAGGGCGGUGGGGAGGCCAUCGCUGAAGGUGACAUCGCGGAUUUUAAACAAGGUCUCGACGAUGAUGAGGUGGCGGAUGUGAAUGAGCAGCACAACGGCAGGGAGGAACACGUGGACCGGACGGCGGGUGAGCAGUUGGACUCUUUGCUCCCGACGAAGGCGAUGGAAACGAGCAUCCCGCCACCGCUACCAAAGUCGAAAAACUGUCGCCAAAUCAUAGCGGACGGGUACUACGAGAUGCUGCUCAGCAAUCCGGACAUCUUCGAAUCACUGACGGUGGACAGCAUCGAGAAGAAUCCGGACGAUUGCUUCAAGAAGGCGAUCCUGUUCCCACUGUUGGAGCUGUGUCCGCCGCGCAACGCGCUGCUGCUGCUGAUCGAUUCAAUCGAUGAGAAUUAUCUGCAAGACGGUAAUCUGAUCUCAACGCUCAAGGGCAAACAGGCGUCAAAGAGCCGCAACAUUGCGGAGCUGCUCGCCAACCACAUCCACCUGAUGCCGAAAUGGCUGUUUAUGGUGUGCACGGCAAAAAAGCAGAACAAAAACAUUACCAAACUGUUCACCGGAUUCAAGAAGCUUACCCUGGACGACCUGCGCAAAUCGCACGUGGUCAAGGACGUCCAGCAGUACAUCAUCAACCGGCUAAACACGGACUUCCGGGGCAUCAAUCUGACCAAAGACAUCAUCGAAAGUCUGAACCAGCUGUACAUCAAAUCGAACGGCUGCUUGCUGUAUCUGUACAAGGUGUUGAACGGCAUACGGGAGAACUUUUUCACGUUCCGCGAAAUUAAGCUGAUACCGUGCACGCUGAACGGCCUCUAUCUGUACAUCUGCCAGAAGUCGUUCAACAAGAAGCAGUACAACAAGAUCCGGCCGAUCCUGAACGUGCUGCUCGUGUGUAACAGCUACGUCGACAAGCUGUUCAUCUACAACUGUCUCCGCACGCACAACUACACGCUCGAGAUGGAGGACUUUGAGCGGCGGCUCGAGCUGAUGCGCAACAUCGUCGAGUACAGCCCGACCAACGCCAGCGCGGUGCGCAUCUUCCACAACUCGUUCUGCGACUGGCUGAUCGAUGUGAAGUUCAGCACGAAGAAGUUCCUGUGCGACCUGAACGAGGGCCACGUGAUGGUGUCGAUGUACUACACCGUCGUGGCGGACCAGAUCUGCCCGAACAAGCUGCGCCUCUACCUGUACCAUCUGAUCAAGACGGGCGAGUAUCUGACGAGCCGAAGCGUCGAUCUCGAUCUGUUGCUGAUACUGCUCGAGACGAAGUCGAACCUGAGCGACUGCUUCUACACCAACCUGCUGAACUGCUGCGCGAUGUGUGAAGACGAGUGCCGGCACGACGUGAACCUGUCGGUGCGCACCAAGCACAUGCUCGACCGGUUCCUGAACGGACAGCUGAACGACGAGUUUAUGAUGUUUUUGAACGAUUUCUUCAAACCAAAUCUACCGACCGACUGCAAGGUGCUGAAGCUGCUGAUCGAAACCGGCAUCAACAACGCGGACACGCAGCUGUCUUGCGAAUCAUCGGCCAUCCAUUCGCCGGUGCUGUCGGACCGGAGCCAAAACAUUGAUUCCGAGCUGGCGGAGCUGCUGAUAUCGAGCGAGAAGAGCUGCCAGCAGGAGCUACAGAAGUCGAUCAACCUGGAGGACGGCAAUGGUGGCGGGGGAAUGGGCAGCGUCCCGGCGAUGGGCUUUGCGGGCGGCAGAGCUGGUGAUGGUGGGGCUUCCGGUGGACUAUCGAGACAGCGCUACAGUGGUGGUCCAUCGAUCGCUGGUGGCGAUGGAGGUAGCAGUGCUCUCGGGGAUUCCAAGUCGGACAUUCAGAAUGAUCGCAUCGGCAGUGGCUUCCAGUGCGACAUGUUUGAGGGUGAGAUGCACAAGGGGAAGGCAUUGAUACACAUUCUGGCCAACGAGGGAAAUCACACGCUACUGGAGCGCGCCCUAAAUGCCUGCAAGGAUCCGAUCGAUCUGGAGAUUGAAGAUCUGAACGGACAGACGGCGCUGAACAUUGCGGCACGGAAUGGGCAUCAGGAGAUCGUGAAGCUACUGCUGACGUACAAACAGCCCCUCAAGGACGGGACGGGCCGAUAUCGGAUGAUUGACGUGAACCAUGCCGAUCGUGACGGGUGGACACCGUUGAGAUCGGCAUCGUGGGGUGGCCACACGGAGGUGGUGAAGUUGCUGAUCGAAACCGGUGUCUGCGCGAUCGACCGGGCUGACAAGGAGGGUCGGACGGCGUUGAGAGCGGCCGCCUGGAGCGGCAACGAGGACAUCGUAAAGAUCCUUAUCGAGGCCGGGGCGAACGUGAACUCGAUCGAUAAGCAAGGUCGUACGUCGCUGAUUGCCGCGUCGUACAUGGGCCAUUACGAUAUCGUGGAGAUUCUGCUGGAGAACGGAGCGGAAGUGAACCAUACGGAUCUGGAUGGUAGGAAUGCACUGUGCGUGGCAGCGCUCUGUGGCAGUUCCGGAUACAGUCGGGUGAUCUCGACACUGCUCGAGUACGGCGCGAACACGGAUCAGACGGAUAAUGAGGGAAUGUCGCCGCUGUUGGUCAGCUCGUUCGAGGGUAACGCCGAAAUCUGUGAGCUGCUACUGGAGAACGGCGCCGAUCCGGAUAUGGCGGACAAUAUGGGCCGGACGCCGCUUUGGGCCGCUUGCACCUCUGGUCACGCGAACGUUGUCAAGCUGCUGCUCUUCUGGGGCUGUGGAAUCGAUUGCAUGGACUCGGAGGGCCGCACGGUGCUUAGUGUGGCGGCUGCGCAAGGCAAUCUCGAAACGGUGCGCCAGCUGCUCGAUCGGGGCUUAGACGAAACACACCGGGAUAACGCGGGGUGGACACCAUUGCAUUAUGCGGCCUUCGAGGGGUACGGUGACAUUUGCGUGCAGCUGCUAGAGUCCGGGGCGAAGAUCGAUGAGUGUGAUAACGAGGGCAAGGCGGCCUUACAUCUGGCCGCUCAGGAAGGGCACAAUGCGGUGAUCGAAGCGAUCCUCAACAUCCACCGACUGUGCAUUGAUCAGAGGGCACACGAUGGUAAAACCGCAUUCCGGUUGGCCUGCCUCGAGGAGCACUUUGAGUGCAUACAGACCCUGCUGAAAUACGGGUGUGACAUUAACUCGAAGGAUGCCGAUUCGCGCACCACGCUCUACAUUCUGGCACUGGACAACAAGCUGAAGGCCGUGAAGUUCCUGCUCGAGUACUCGAACGCCGAUGCCAACAUUCCAGACAGUGAGGGUCGCACCGCGCUCCAUGUAUCCGCCUGGCAGGGUCACGCGGAAAUGGUCAAGUUGUUGAUAACGUUAGGCAACGCCAACGUGAACGCGAUGGAUUUGGAAUCGAGAACGCCACUCCACUCGUGCGCCUGGCAGGGUAACCACGAGGUGAUGCAGCUGCUACUGUACUACGGUGCUGUGCCAGAUCAUGCAUGCAAGCAGGGUGCAACGGCCCUAGGCAUUUCCGCCCAGGAGGGCCACGAAAAGUGUGUCAGCUAUCUGCUCAAGUACGGUGCGAACCCCUACAAAUCGGAUCAUUGUGGUCGAACACCGAUCAAGCUGGCGGCCAAGUCGAACCGCAACAAUGUUCUACGAAUUUUGGAAAAUUUUACCAAAAAUGAUCUGGACUGUGGUAAGAUGGUGCACUUGAAUCUGAAAUCUCCCGAUGAGCUGCCACCGUGCAACUCGAUACACAAUCCGUCACCGUCGUCCGGCUGCUACCCGAGCAACCCCGGUCUAUUGAUGCCGACGGCGGCGGGAGCAACCGGUGGUGCCAUGCAGAAUCCGAGCCCCUCCCCGAAUGCCUCCAACACGACCGGUUCGUCGGCACAGAACAACAAUUUCUAUGAAAACACAAUGCACUCGGAUACGAGUAGCCUUCAGAAGCGCAAAAGCGUUAUUUCUAGUCAAUCGACCGGCAGCAGCAAUGAGCAAGUACCGAUGUCGUUUACCCAGCAGCUGCAGAAGCAUUCGCGCCAUCAUAACUCCAAAUCGCAUCACAUCGUCCAACAGCAGCACCAACCGCACCAUAAUGCCCACCAGCAAUCGGUAGCCGGUGGCAAGUUUGGAAGCAAGAAACAUUCCCAGGUACUACCAAAUGUUGAUGAGUACCAUGCUAAUAUAGCAUCCAACAUUCGCAUGAACCCGAACGAUGCCGAUCUGUUCGAUUUGGGCUGUAUGUCGCCACUCUAUGCCACGCCACCGCACUCUCCGAGUAGCGAAAUUAGUUCGCCGGGCCAGAACCAACCACCUUCCUCGCUGGCACUUCUCGGCAAACAGUUCGAGGAGAUGAACAUCAGCCUCUCGAACAACAGUACGAUCGUAAACCCGCACGACAACCACUUUGCACGCGACACUCACAUGCGCAUCAUACUGGGCAACAAUCAGAAGGAAGGUGUCCAUCAGCAGGGUGGAGCGGCUGCCGGUGGAGGUGGUGGAGGGAAAUCAUCGAAACGAAGCGGAAUCACGACGAAUCCGGCGAUGCGCUUGAUACGGAAUCGGAUCGAUUCGGCUGCACAGCUGAUACGCCGCACCAACAACAUGCUGUCGAGCAGUGGCAACAAUCAGGGUUCGUCGAGCAUCGGCGUAAAGUCGGGUACGUUCCAGUGGCGCAAAGAAAGCCAAAUGUAAUCUUGCUAAACGAAACAACUGACGCUGACACACAGUUGUUGCACACAAACAGGGAUAAUAGUUUGAUGAGCACUUUUUGUGGGUUUUUCGGAUGUUUUCCGAGAAACGGAAUGUGCAAUAGGACGACGAUGCCGAGUGAGAAUAAUUCGCAAAAGCAAUGCAAUACUGAAACGCC